GAAAGAGAAAGGGAAAGAAGGAGCGAGAGAGAGGGAGCAAAGCUGUGGAACUGAGGGGAACGAAAGUCAGAAAGCAGAGCAGAAUUAAACUCAGCUGCAAAGAACAGAGCGAUGUGGUGUUGCUGUCUGAGAGGCAGCUCGGGACAGGACAGGUGAACGCGAAGCAAGCUGGAGUAAAAGAACGAAGUGAAACAGAAAACAGCAGCAUAACCUCAAGAAAAGAAGGAGGAGACUGCAAAAAUUAAACAGGGUGGCUGUGAAACUUUAAUAAAGGACUCUGCAGAGUGGUUUGUACCCCCUUGGUCCUCCUCUGGUCUCUGGGAUCCUGUUUCCUUCCCUCUCGAAUGCAGCCCCAGCACCCCGUGCCCCAGGCCGCCCCCUCCUCCCUGGGACGGGGUUUUCGGGACAUGGCCCUGGGAUUCGGACGCCAAAAGAACCUGCUGGGCAUGAACGCGGGCUACGGGCUCAUCCAGUCUGCCAAGGAGUGUCUCUACUUCCUGCUGUGCUGCUGGUGCAUCAAGGAGCUGAUAGACUGAGCCGGGCCGAGCCCACUCUGGCCAGCGCGGUUCUGGCCCGCUUCUGCAAAGUCCUGGCUCGCUUCAACCCGCUUCUGACCCGCUUUACCACAGCUGUGGCCCACUUCAGCGCAAGCUUUAGUCCAGUCCUGGCACACUUCAGAACCGUCUUGGCACGCUUCAAAACUGUCCUGGUACGCUUUAGCCCAGUUCUGGCACGCUUCAUCCCAGUCCUUCUGCCCCUCUUGGGCUGGGGUCUGUACCCCUCGAACACGGCCUGCCUCCUCGCCCGCUCGCUAGCGCUUCUGUUUGAGGCUGUCGUUUCUGAUGGGCUCGCAGAGUCUGCUGCUGGAUCUGAUUGAAAGAACCUGCCUCUGUAGUACAAUACGGGCUGAUCAACAGAUCGGAACCGUCCGCGUAUGCCUGAACAGCGUCGCAAUGGGGCUGCUGCUGUGAACCUCCUCUGAUGUGAGGGGUGAGGGGGGGUCCCCCAAUUCAGAGUAACCCCAAGAGUCUCCACCAUCACCAGCAACCUCUAACGGAUGAUCCAAUACUUCCUGCGGGGCUUCUCCCCCUGCAUCCGGUCACUGUGCAUCAAACCCCUCUUCUCAAACUCUCUACCGGACCGGGACCCCUUUGACGUGGCCUGGGUGUGCCGUGCCUGUGACUGCCCUGUGACAAGCCGUCGCUGAUGCAGUAUAUUAUUAAUAAUAUUAUAUUGAAAUUAUAGAUGCAACUUCAUGUAUUAUUUAAUAGUAUACGCAUUUUACAUAUAUAUAAUGCUAAUAUAUUAUUAAUAUAAAUACAUCUUCGUGUAAUGGUGGGUAUUACAAAUGGUGAUUGCAUGUUGGUUUUAUGAAUAGCAAAGCGAAUGCAAUUUCUGAUUACGACAGAAUAUGCGAUCGAUUCAAUUCACCAGCGAUUUCCGUGAAGCGUUUUUGAAAGAAGUACAUUGGAAUGGAGUGCUGGGCUGGCGUGGCAAUAGCGCACCCUAGCGUUCAGGCUUGGAUCUACACGCAGAGGGUUCAAAAGGUCGGGGCGCACGAAUCACCUUUUCCAAUCUACGCGUGGUAUUUCCUGAUGGUGCCUUUUGUCAUUUUUGUAAAUUAUUAUUAUUUUUUUAUUAACAAAAAUAAUAAAGUAAAUUAGUAGCCUUGCGAA